CAAGGUGAAGAAGGCCGCCGCGAAGCUGCUGAAUGGCCUUGCAGAGCCGAGUACGUGUAUCGCCUUGAUAUCACUUACGCUUCAACUCGAAAUGAGGUCUUAUUCUAAUGACUACUGCUAGAUUCCAAAGAUGAACAAGAUCCCCGGGGCUCGUCGUCGCCUAUCCUACCCGAGAUGGACGCCCAAACGAUGGUAGCCUUUCCCACCGGCAAACCAAGAGAAACUAAGCUCGAGACCGUAAUAUGCAAGCACUGUAAGAAACCAGCCCUCAAGCAGGCGGCGGCGGAACAUAUACGCGCAUGCCUCAAAGCAAAGCAAGAGAAGGCUCGAAAGAAGAAGGAAGCCCGAGAGGCAAAGUUGACGAAGGACAAGCCCGUGGAUAAGGAGGGCACUGAAGACGCCGAAGGAGAAGUCGUUGCUAUGAAGGGGCAGAAGAGCGCGAAGAAGAGUGCCGGAGACGAUGCGAAGAAGGGGAAGAAGCGGAAAGUCGACGCGGACGAAGACAAGGAACCGAAGAAGAAGAAAAAGAAGGACGAGCCGAAGCCAAAGGUGCCGAAGCCUAAGGGACCGGUCGACGUUGAGAAGCAGUGUGGUGUUAUUCUUCCGAACGGUGCUCAGUGUGCAAGGUCACUGACCUGCAAGAGCCAUUCUAUGGGCGCAAAGAGAGCUGUUCCGGGACGAUCUCUGCCCUAUGACAUGCUGCUGCAGGCAUACCAGAAGAAGAACCAGGCCCGCCAGCAGAAAGCGGCUAUCGAUGCAAACGCACCUAUUCACGACGACAUCGACGGCAACGGCCCCAUCGACUCGGACGAAGAAAAAGAUGCGGUCAUGGCUGGCCUGGCUCGAUCUCGCCCUCAACCGCUGGUCACUCACCCGCUCAUGUCCACCCAGCGCAAAUACCACCUGAUACGCAUGAAGGAGAUGUUCUCUCAGGCUCUCGGGGGCGGCGGAGGAGUAGGCGGGGGGCUGCUCUCUGGAGACUCUAUCUUUUUGAGCCGCAGCAUAUUUUCACGCUCAGAGUCCCCUCCCUUUCCGUCUUCCGCAGCGGGCAACCCUACAGAUAGCUCUAUACAACAGCCCCAGGACAGCUCGAGGAAGUCUUCGCUCUCGCAGCAAGCGGUUCAGAACCGGGCAGCCCAGUCUGCCGCAGCAGCAGUGGCAGCAGUCCCAGCCAAACCUGUGACAGCGUCUUGACCGACUCGAUCCAUCCCCAAGACUACAUUCUUGACCUCUCCUUCUUUCUACCCGGCGUUAGGGCUGCAUCGGUUUGGUUUAUCAUCACUGGGAGCACUUUGGACGGCGACGGGAUAUAUUUCAUCUUUACUGGGACUUUGGUGUACUUUUUCUUGGACGAAGGCUUUAUGAUACCCCCAGAGACGCUCGAUGUAUGAAUAUCCAUGAAUGCAAUAUAGCUGAAUACUACUCUCGGUAGCCAUAGUAUAACAACACUCUAUAUCAUCUUAUCUACCUCUGCCUAAUAAUACUCUUCGUUC